UCCCCUCCCUCCCUCUCUCCCCAUCCUCCUCCUCUUCCUCCCCACCUCCCUCCCUCCUCCUCCUCCUCCUCCUCCUCUUCCUCCCCCAGCAGUGACGUCUCUGGACGUGCCCGUUCCCCGGCCCGGCGCAGGCACCGCUCGGGGCUCCCGCACCUCCGGGGGGGGGUCCCUCAGUCCAGCACCUCCCUGGAGGGGGGGGGGUCCCGCACCGGCAGCACCGUCCGGGGGGCGCGGACCCCGCCCGGGGGCCGCCCAUGCGGCCGGGGGGCGAUGCGGGCGGCGAGGAGCCGGCGGUAGCGCCCGCACCGGGGCCCCCCCGGGAGCAUGGGCUGCAUCGGCUCCAAAACCACCAUCGUGGCCGUGGACACCACCCUGUGCGUGGAGUGGAAGGAGGUGAAAGCGCUGUCGCCGCUGCGUGCUGCCCGGCCGGCCCCGCUGCCCCGCCUGCUGCGCCAGGCCUCCUUCGACAGCCAGGACUUCCUCGAGGUCAAUGUUGAAGACACUGUCGAGAUGCUGCCCAAGUCGCGGCGCGCGCUGACCAUCCAGGAGAUCGCCGCCCUGGCCCGCUCCUCGCUGCACGGCAUCUCGCAGGUGGUGAAGGAGCACGUGACGAAGCCGACGGCCAUGGCGCAGGGCCGCGUCGCCCACCUCAUCGAGUGGAAGGGCUGGUGCAAGCCCGUGGAGCCGCCCGCCGCCCUGGAGAGCGCCUUCAGCUCCUACUGCCACCUGAGCGAGGGCGAGCAGGAGGCGCGCUUCGCCGCAGGCGUGGCGGAGCAGUUUGCCAUCGCCGAGGCCAAGCUGCGCGCCUGGUCCUCGGUGGACGGGGACGACUCCAACGACGAGUCCUACGACGAGGACUUCAUGCCCUCCACGGAGAGCUCCCAGCCGACCGAGCUGUCCGGCUCGGUGCCCGCCAGCGCGCUGCUGCGAGACCUCCUGCAGGGCCACCUGUGCCAGCUGGGCGUGCGGCACGGCUCCUGCGAGCCCGAGAGCGACUCCUCGCACACCCUGUCCCCCGAGACCCUCUGCUCCAGCCUCUGCAGCCUGGAGAUGGUGUCGCCCUCCGAACUCACUGCCAAACUGCUGGGCUCCCUGGGGGGCGAGGACCUGCUGCUGCCCAAGCUGCCCCCCCCGGCCAGCCAAAGUGCCUUGCGGGGCCUGGCACGGCUCCGGUGCCAGGACUCCCUGUACCCCGUGUCCUACGCCGAGGCUUGCCUCUCGCCCGCCGAGGACGAGGUGGUGCUGAGCAAGGACUUCCCGCUCUGCCGGAAAGUCUCCGACGUCGCCUCCUCCGGGGUGGUGUCGCUGGAGGAGGAGGAGGAGGAGGCCGAGGAGCCGUGAGGCCCCCCCGGGGACCCUGCCUCUCCCGCCGGGGCACCGGCCCCCCUGCCACCGCGCCCCGGCCCAGCUCCGUGCUGGGCGAGGGACGGGUCCUGCUGCGGCUCCUUGCGCUAGCAGGGUGCUGGGGGGGACAGAGGGGCGCCCCCCCUUCAGUGUGCCCCCCCCGGCCGCACUCGUCCACCUCUCUCUGCCCUCAUCUGUUUGUUUUUUGCAUGAGAACCAGGGAGGGACUGCGUGCGCAAGGGCUCGGGGGUCAGCCCCCCACCCAACGCCCCGGCGUGCCCCCUCCGUGCCCCCCCAAGACUGACGGGACCUGAAUUUGUGGGGGCUGGCUGUUCGCAUGCUCCCCCCUUCGCCGCUCCAGGCUCCCCUUUUUGGGCACAGAGCCCCCCCAGUUGUCACAGCCGAACCUCUCUGGGCAGCCCCCGGUGCCCCUGCCCUGCGCCCGCACCCUGGGCUGGCAGCAGUGGGACUGCGGAGGGGGAUUUUGGGGAGCAGGGGGCUUUUGUCCUCGCCCCCCACUGGCUUUUAUUGGACCGAGUUUUAUACUGUGAACUGCUGCCUCGGGGCGGGGGGCUGCUGUGGGGCCGGGGGGGCCGUGGAUGCGCCGCAGUGCUGGGGCUCUCUCGACUUUUGUACGCGCGUGGGGCCGGCACGGGGAGGUUGUGGGUGGGGGCCGGGUGGGCACGGCCCCCCCAGGCUGGGUGCUGGGUGGCCACCAGCGACAGCACCCCACAGCCAGCCCCAAAGCGGGCACAUGCCGGGGGGCUCAGUGUCCAGGGCCCCCCAGGUCUGCCGUGGGCCAACCUGGGGUGCAUGGGGGGGGUGAGCAGCAGGUCUCGGGGCCGACGUCCCCAUCCCCAGGUCACUCACCCCUAGCAGGGAACCAAGUGCCUACAUGAAGGGCAACCGGCCCCCCCUCUGGCACGGGGCCCCCCCCAGGUGUCUGGGCGCACCGUUUGGGGAAGGAAUGCCAGUUUUUGCCAACGCUUGCCCCCCCUCCUUCCUGCAUGGCACGUGUUCUCGUGGGGCUGCUCGCCCGCUGCAUGCCACCCCUUGCCCGGCCACGGUGUCCCCCCCCCCUGCACCCCCAGCCCCUCUCCCUCCAUGUGCCCUCACUCCCGCACCACCAACCCCCCCCACUGCUGCCCUAUGCCACCCCGUCCCCACCGUGGGUCCCCACCCCUGCACGGCCAACCUGCCAGGGGGCGCAGGGGCUGGCCGCCACGCUGAGUGGCUCCCUGCCAUCGGGCCAGCGAUGGCACUGUGUCCCCACCCUGUUUGGGGACAGCAGCCACCCAGCAGGCCGAUCCAGGAGUCGUGGCCCCAAACCCACCCUGGGAUGGGGGAAGAGGGGUGUGGGGGCUUCGCUCGGUGCGCGCAUCGCUCCCCGCAGACGUGUGCGGAGCAGUGCUCGGGUACGCGUGUGCACGAGCACAUGGGUGUGCGUGCAUGAACACGUGUGUGCCUGCACAUGUGUCACACGUGUGUGCACACCGGAACGUACCCACGGGGUGCCAGGGGCCGUGGGCGCUGCCCCAGCCCCGUGCCAUGGUUCCUACGGGUGCCUGCCCCCCAGCACCCCCGCCUCCGUCCCGCCAGGCCUCCAAUAAAGUCAGUGGUGUGAGCGCUGCA